ACGUGCAAAUGGCACUAAAUGUUGUUAUUAAUGCUUAAAAUCCUCCAGAUUAUUAAUCUUUUUUAUAAUUACAAUAUAAAAUAAUACAAAUAUAUUAUUUCCGGAGUGUGCGCACAAAUUUUUCGAGCAUGGACUCCUCGAGUGGUGCACGUCUUCAUCCCUUCCUAAUGUUCUGUCAAUUCUAAUAUCUCUAACACGAGACUAAGAUAAAUUAUAUUCUUGUAUAUAUUAUUUAGUAGAGAAUAAUCAGACAAUCGAUAUUUAAUAAAAUGUCUCAAGACUACAUUCACGCGUGCGAAAGAGCGGAAUUAUUAGGGCUACCGAUACCCAGCGAAGAUGAAUGGAAAGAGACCCAGAGAAUAGAGACCCAAGAUGCUAAUAAUGACGACGAUGAAGUGAUCCAAAAUUUGGAUUCUUCUGACGAAGCUGCACAACGAAUAGGUGGUGGAUUGGACGAAUUAAAUAGCAUUCUUAGUGCUACCCAAAAAAAAAUUAAUAGAUUCAAGACUGUCUGUGGCAGUUUGGGUACUCUAUUGAAAGUAAAAGUGGGAUCCAAAAAUAACACACCAGAUCAUAAACAUGAACAAAACGAUAAUGAGACAAAGGAUAUUGAUCCUGAAACAUCUAUGAACGAGGAAAAUUUAAUGGUAGAAUUUACUGACCAGAAACACACGGGAAACACAGAAACUAACACAGCAAUGCCAAAAACAAUUGAUCUUAAUGAAAAAAUGGGAUCUCAUUUGGACAAAUUAGACUCUCUCAUUACUAAAGCAGAAAAUGCUCAGUAUAGUAUGCAAUACCAAACAAAACAGAUGAAAAAAUUUCUAAAGUAAUUCUUCAUAUACAAAAAAAGUAGUACUGUAUUCUAUCAGGCCUCUUUCAAAGGCCCCUUACUCAUUGUUCAUGGUAUCAUGCUUGAAAAACCAUACAAAUUCAAAUUUGUAUUGUGUUAUGUAUGUUAAAGAUAGAUAUAGAUGACAAAAUGGCAAGUAUACAAAAAUUAAUGACUAAAUUAUUAUAAUAUUUAUCAAAUAUAUGUACACAAUGAAGAAUGUAUAUUUUACAGUUUGAGGAAACAAAUAUGUACUUAUUUUGCUCGAUUGUCUAUUACAUUCUAAUUGCAUAUUGUGUUUUAUAUAUAUAUAUAUAUAUAUAUGUAUUUAAUAUACAUAUGUCAAUGCAGAAGUUUUCUUAAAAUCUAAAGAGACAUUCAGCAAAACAAAAUAACAUUAAGAUGCUAUCAGGUAAAACUUGCUAGUAUUUUUAUUAAAUUACAUCCAUGUGAUAUAUUCUCAUAAUACAACUGUUAAGACAAUUAAAAUUUUUCAUUAUGAACAUAAACAUUUAUCAAUAUUUGAAAAUAAUUAUAAAUUAAAAGUAAUUCUUUCUGUGAAAGAAAUAUUAAGAUAAUCAGUUAAUAUUGGCUAUAAAAUAAAUACUAUAUAUUGAUGAUUAUAUUGUAUAUUGACAUUAAUUGUGAUUGUAGUUAUUGCAUUGCAAACAUAAUUGAUCAUAGUAUGCUCGUUCCAAAUUUCCUUUUCAUAUUUUGAUAUUACAUUUUAUAAUUGCAAUCUUCUUUUAAUUUACAUUAUAAUUUAUUAAUUUAUAUAUUCUUAAUAUACAGUAAAGUGAAAUUUGUUUCCAUAACAAUAUAUUCAUCUUGAAACAAACUAAAUUUUUUAUCUAAAAUUACUUUAAAAAUUGCUCAGUUUUUACAAGUUAUUACCAGAAUAUACAACUAAUAUUAAAUCUAUCCUAUUAAUACACAUCUAAUAUUAAAAAUGUUACAUUAAUGUUGUUAAUUGUCUGUUCAAAAAUACAUAUUGGUUUUAUUAGCUGAAUAUAUUUUAAACAAGGGUCAACAAUCUACCUAAUAUUAUAUAAUAAGAUUCGUAGUAAAAGUAAUACAUUAAUAAAAUACAACUGUUAUAGAUAAUUUAUUACUGUUAUAACGAUCACAGCAAUCAUUGCAGUACCUGAGACCAGGUAUUAGACAAUAUUAACGUGCCAUGUAUCUAGUAUGGCUUAAAAAGAACAAUGAAUUUUCUUUGCUAUUUAAUCGUUACUGUACAAGUAAAGAUUUUUAUUGUUACAUUUGUUUAGAAAAUAAAGUUUUAUAAAUGCAGUUGAUAUUUAAUAAUAUUUAACUGUAUUGAAACAGAGGGAUUAUAUUUUUACAUCGAAAAUUAACGUUGAUUAGUUAAUAGCGAGAUAAUGGAAGUUAAGUGCGUGAUAAAAAAUCUGUUACGCGAUGAAUUUGUAAAAUUAUGUAUGUUUUAUACGGUAACUUUUUGUUCGUAAUUUUUAUUUAGAAUUUAUUUAUGUGGAUAGUAGAAAAGGAAAAAAAAUGUAACAGAUAUAAUUGUCAGUUUUAUUCUUCUAACAUGCAUUGUACUUGACGAAUAAACUGAUAUCUAAAAAGAUACAUACGUGUUAUUUCCUGAUCUGUAUCUUUUAUUGAAACAAUUAAAUGAUAUUUCUAGAAAUAAACACGUUAAGAAGUUUACAUGCAAAGUCCAGCUUUUGGAGUUUGAAAAAUAUGUAUGCACAUAUGCAAUUGCUAUACAGCAUAGACUUUAAUCUCGGUUUUUAUGCCUGAGAAGUUCCGUUAAUAUCAGCGUUCUACAGGAAGUUGUAGAUGAAUCUGAUGGCUGCGGCAUUAAAUUUUCUGUAAUAGUUGUCUCCAGUGCUUUUGAAGGAAAGCCUCUAAUUCAUCGACACAGAUCAAUACAUUCAUUACUGGAAGAAGAACUUAAGACAAUUCAUGCAUUUAAGCAGAAGACAUUAACACCAGCAGAGUGGGAAGGAAAAAAGGAGAUGA